AUGCAAGCCAAUUCUCAGUAUGUUCAACACUUCCAAGCCGCUAAGAGCUGUCUUAGAAGAGAGAGGUAUGGUGAAGCUUUGGCUCAUAUUGUUUUCUUGGCCAAUGUGGAGCCUUCGUCGAAAGAUAAUCUGGAGGAAGACUUCAUUGUCGCUUUGCGCCAAUGGACCGAGAUUCUUGAACAACACGGAGAGCUAGAAAAACUAAUGGUGUGUCUACAGGAAGCUUUAAAGCUUUAUCCACAAAGUGAGGCUGUUCUUAUAAACACAGGAGCACACUUGCUCAAGUUGGGAUGUACCGACGAAGCUGCCUCGUGUUUCAGACGAGUCUUGAGUGUAAAUGAUAGCAGUGUUAGGGCCAGAGAAUAUCUUGAAAAUAUCGCCAAUUUAUUAGUGGAAAGAUGGCACUUUAGGAUGUUAAAUGAUAAGAAGCGAAAUUUAGCUUACAAAGAGGCCAUCUGCAAGGCAAUUUCCCAAGGAUAUGACACUGUUCUAGACAUUGGAAGUGGCACUGGUAUCUUGAGUAUGUUUGCAGUCCAGGGGGGAGCUAGAGAGGUUUAUGCAUGUGAAAUGUCCAAGACCAUGUAUGAAAUGGGCUGUGAUGUAUUGAAAGCAAAUAACAUGGAUAGUUCAGUCCAUUGUAUUCAAAAGAAGUCAACAGAGAUAAGUGUUGGUAAGGAUAUUCCCAAGAAAGUUUCUCUUGUGGUGACUGAGACAUUAGACUGUGGGCUUCUUGGUGAGGGAAUUCUUGCUACUGUCCAGCAUGCGUGGAAACAUUUACUUAUGCCUUCUAAACCCUCCCAUGUGAAGCCAGUAUCAAAGGUCAUCCCUAGUGGAGCUGUUGUUUAUGCUAUGGCAAUUAUGUGCGAUGAUAUCAGAAAUCAAACCAGAAGCAAACCAGUCACAAGUGGAAUAAACAUGUUAUCUGAGCUCACAUUAGGAGGUGAAGUAAUGGAAAAAUGCUCAGAAGGGUCUUUGGAAAAUAUAUGCAAUCAGCUGGAGCCAUAUAGCACAGAAUGCUUAGACAAUCUACGAGGUGGAUUUACUCCUCUUUGUCAUCCUUUUAAAGUUACUGAAUAUAAUUUCAAUAAUCCAAGUAGCUUGAAUGAUGACAGAAAAUUGCAUUUUGAAGUCCUUGCGACCAAUGAUGGUUGUGUUGAUGCUAUCGCAAUGUGGUUUGAUCUACAAUUAAAUGAAGAAAUAUCCCUUUCCACUGGACCUCAGAGUGAUUCUCUUUGCUGGGAACAAGCAGUUUUUCCAGUGCAUCAAGACACUGCUAGUAGUUUAUGUGGCAUUAAUAGAGUUUCAAAGGGAGACUUGAUGUCUAUUUAUGGACAUCUUUCUAAAGAUUGUUCGAGAUUGUACUUCAGUGGUGCUGAAAACAACAAGGAAGACAUCACCUUGCAAUUAUCAAAGGAUCAAAGAGUUGAUUCUGCUGUAAAGACAACUUCUUUGGAUCUUGAAACUGAAGUUAACUGCAAAGUAAGUAAAGAUAUUACUGUCAUCCCACCAUCUUAUUUGAGGCGACUGAAUGACAAAAUCUUCAAUGAACUUUAUGACAAAUCGAUCUGUGAUGCUAUGAAGUCUGCAAAUCCUAUCUUCAACAAUGGUGGAACUGGAUCACAAGAAACAUCUGAACAUAAAAGAGACGUCCCAUAUUAUGUUUUGGACAUCACAUAUGGUCCUUCCCUGUUUCCAUUCUUUGCCUCUAGAAGCAAAGCAGGUUGUGUGCUGAUCUCAAAUCCACAUGAUGUAGAAUGGAUCAAACACAUUUUAAAUGGAAACAAUUUGCCACCUGUUAUUGAGUAUGGUCCAAAGAAACUUGAAGACAUUUCCAAAGAUGCAACCGGAAGAAAGUGGAAUGUUCUUAUCAGUGACAUUGUUGAACCAUCAGGAAUUAUUCGUCAGCAAGUGGUAGAAGAUAUUGUCUUUGCCAGAGGAUGUCUAUUGAGACCGGAGGGGUAUCAAAUUAUUCCCAUGGGCUUCACUAUGUAUUGUAUGUGCAUUGAAUCUCCUUUUUUGUCUGCCAAUUGCCGAAUCCUCAGCCAAGACAGUACACUGGGACUUGACAUUGGAAGGUUUGUCAAUGAGUUUCAAGUAUCUACUCAAGUAGAUAUUGACUUGACAACCCUACCAUUUUCAGCAGUCACAGACCAUGUCAAAAUUCUUGACUUAAAUUUCAUGCAGAACUUUGACACUGAUCAAGGAUUGCUUUCAAUGCUUGAAACUCACUCAAAGCAGAAGGUCAGAGUUGUUAAAUCUGGUAGAAUCCAAGCUAUCCCCUACUGGUAUGUGUUGCACAUGGACAAUGUCCAUUCACUGUCUACAUACAGUGGGGCCUACACUGGAUCACACUGGAGGCAAGCUGCUGUUGUUUUAAAAGAAGACAUGAUUGUGGAGGCUGGCCAAGAACUUUUAAUUUCAGCUUCAUGUGUAAAUAGCUGUAUUUUCAUCAAUGUAAAUGGAGCUAUGGAUUAAUGUUCAAUAAUGUUAUUGGUGACUAAUUAUUAUACAGGUGACUAGUAACUUAGAUAACAGCAAACAUAAUAGUAAAAAGGAUAAGCAUGGUAAUUUUGUUACCCCUUUUAUAUAGUAAGGUAAGGUAAGGUGAGGUAAUGGCGCACACAAGCCAAAGUUGAGCUUUUGUCUAAAACAUGAUAUCUUGUUAAUAACCGAAAAUAACAUGUUAUCUUCACAUUUAAAAAGAUCACAUGUGCUUUGCUUAAAUAAUAAAUUGUACUUUUUGCAACAAAAAAUUAUAUGUUCAAGUGAAAUAGUUUGGUAUUUUACUGGUGUUUAUAUAAUAGAAUAAUGAAUUAUUAUGUGGCCACUUGAAGAUUGUUAUCAAAUUUCUCUUCAAUUGUUGAAAAAUAUUUCAAGAGUGAGUGCUGUGAAUGAGUGAAAUAUUUUCUACUCAAGAACAUAUACUUGCUUCAUUAUCAUUAUGUUAUGUUCUGGCUUCAAUUCAAGUUAGAGUUUUGAGUGUUUUAUGUGGUGAAAUUAUAAAUAUGUGUGUCAUUAUCAGGAAAAGACAUUUUUUAUGUUUUCUUUGUGAGUGAAUAAAUAUAUGUCAUUAUCAGGAAAAGACAUUUUUUAUGUUUUCUUUUCUUUGCUUAUAAGCUGCCUCUCCUUCCAAAUGAAUAUAAACCCACCCAAAAUGACGUUCAAAAUAACAGCCCAGGGCCACAAAAUUUUAAAUCACAGUAUAUCACAGAAUAUCAGAGUCUUCUCUAUAUUUUUAUGUGUUUGAGGUACUCAAUUUGUCAGAAAGAAAGCAUUUGGUAUUCUCAGAUCAUGACUUUGUCUUGUUUCGAUGUGAAAUGCAAAUUUUCCUUGUGAAUAUUUCAUAUUUGUACCUCUAAAAUUUGUACGUUUCAAAAAAGGUGUAAAUUUUAGGUGCUUGUCUAUUUGCCUGGGAUAUUCAAGGAUGGCUGCAGUUGUAGUCUUCAAUACUGACUGAAGAAUUCAAUUAGCCUCUUUUUCUCAGAGAUGCUAAAAAGGCCUGACUUUAAAGGAGGUAAAAAUUUAACCUGAUGAGGUCAGUCUCCUUGAUUUUGAUUGUUUUGCUCGACUAUCUCUGAGAAUAAAAAGGGACUAAUUAUUGAUGUAUUUUACAGAUGGGCGACAACACCCUGUACCUUUUACUUCUUGUCAAUUCCUUAGUCCUGGACCUUUUUUAAUAAUAAGUGCUUUACUCCCAUGGUAAACACAUCCUCAAACUUUAACACAAGCCAUUACAAAUCCCCUUCCAUUUCAAGCAUAUUUGUUAGUACUCAAGAGACGGUUUACACAUUGCAAAUUAAUCUCUUUUUUAUUUUGUACCUUGUUAUGAUCUAUUAUUAAUAAUAUUUAUUCAUCUUGUUAUCUGGGUGCAGGAUGAUCUUAACUCACAGGUCAAAUGUCAACAUAAAUAGCACAAAGACACAAAGAAAGCAAGAGAGAACAAGAGCAGAGAAGAAAGAAAAGAGAAACUACAAACACAUGCGGGUAAUUCCCUGUAAAUCGGGUGAAACGACCGGAUACUAAUUGUAAUCCUCUAUCGAUACCGGCUAUAUUUUUACAGAGUUGACUUUCCUUGCUUUUUUAUGUGACAGUUCACAUAAUUUCAAGUUCUUCUCAAUGUCCCAUUUGACCUUUCCUGUGAUAGUGAUAAGCAGUGAUAUUACAAGGGUUUAAUAGAGUAUGACAAGGCAUAUUGACGUGUGUUAUGACCCGUGGAAUAUACAUAGCAGCACGAAAUGAUGAUGAAGCAAGGAAAUGCGUCACCUAAAUUAGACGGAAAAUGUGUUAAUUUCUGGGUAAUUUACAUUUCCUUUCUGAUUGCUCACAUUACUGUCACGGUAUUAUUUCAUGACGAUUUUACUCACAUUACAUGGACCAUGCGGACGAGCGCUUCCUCGGCUGUAGCAUUUUUGUUUUUAAAAUCCUAUCAUAGAACACUGUUUUGAAUCCGUUUAAUUCUGAAAAUGCUUUGUUACUUGUUUUGAACCUUUCCUUUGCGUGGCGUUUGAUGGAUAAAGCCAUUUAUGCGCCAAUACACGUACACACCCCCCAACACGCCCCCGAAUUAUUGUGUUGUCAUUUUCCGAAACUGAACAGCAACGAAAUACUGUGCAAAAUAUUUUUGUUUUGUUUUUCACCGUGUUUUGAUAGCUGUAUCCAUUUAUAUGCAUUUCAUUCGUUCGCUCUAUACGAAUAAAUCUUCCAUUUCUGGUUGAAAUCUUUUAAAACCCAAGCGGUGUUCAUGAUCCGUGACACGAACGUAACUGUUUAUUUUUUUUUAACUCGCUUGUUUGCACGAUGUGAUGUGAAGUGGCCUUUGUCACCCUUGUGAUCACGUGUUUUUCUGUUUAUAAACACUGGUACGACUGGUUGUUCUUUCAUUGAAUGCCAUUUUUACACGUAGUUCAAGUCGAGCAAUGAGCGUUGCGAAAUUAGCACGUAUUCUCAGCGUUGCGGCUCGCGGCCCCCUUCGUUUCCAAGCGAGGGCCCUUUCGUCGCUUUCGGCAACAGCAACCAAGAUGGCGGACUGGGAGACAAAGAUCCCCGCUCCACCUCAGUUACUGGCACCACUUACGGUCCCCACAAAAUAUCUCUUUGGUCCCGGCCCGUCAAAUCCUAACAUGAGGAUUUAUAACGCUACAGCAAUGUCGCUUUUGGGUCAUAUGCAAGCAGAUUUCUACAAAGUAAUGGACGAAGCGAAAGCAGGUCUUCAAUACGUGUUUCAGACAAACAACCGGUAUACACUUGCUAUCACUGGAGCAGGGCACGCGGCAAUGGAAGCUUCUAUCAUGAACAUCGUAGAACGAGGGGAACCAAUUCUAGUGUGUGUUAAUGGAAUGUGGGGAAAUAGGGCACGUGAAAUUGCGGAAAGGCAAGGUGAGAGAAAUUUAAAAGAAUGCAUUAAGCUUCUAGGAAUCACCGUACGUGACGUGGAACCCGUUCUUCUUCUUCUUCUUUCUUAAUUCUUCAUUAAUCUUCAAAUGAAAGAUUACAUUUAAGUGCCAAAUAGAUCAGACAACUUAGAAUGCCCUUAUAUUGUUCGCCCAGAAGGGGUUUUACUUUUAAAAAAUUCAGAAGAUUUCACGAUUAGCAUUUCGAUCUUCCCAAGCUUUAGCUUUGUAUUUGUAACUCUAUAAUAUGCAAAAUUCAAGUUUUCUUUUAGCCAAAGUAUUAAAAGCAGACUGAGCAAUUUAUUGCUUUUGAUUUCGAAGACUAAACAUGUUUUGUUAUUUUCAAACAUUUAACCAAAUUACCUGACUUCAUGUGUUUGGCGGGAGUUGUCAGCGAGUUACGUGCUCUCGCGAACUAAAAUUCUUCCGGUUCAUGUGGCGUCUUCGCCCGCCCAAUAUUUAAAAGUAACUUGUUCGUCUCGAAGAAUCUAAACAGUUACCAUGUAAAAAUAAUCCAGAUCGAAAGUCCCUUGAGAUAAUGAUUUAUAACAAACAUAAAAAUUUCUCAUUCUUUAUGUUAUUCCUCCUCUGUUCUUACAGACAGCUGUCUUUAAAAAUCAACGUUUUUGGCACAAUUUCUGAAAAUAAUGCCCCUUAUAUGUCCGGCCAAUUUGUCUGUCAGUACAAAACUGUUCACCACUUCACAGGCAGACCAACCUCUGAUUGUGUGGCCGUUGCUGCACCCAUCUUUUUGUACUUAUAAAUACAGACCUGAGUAAGUAACUUCCAUGCACUCAUGUCACGGCAUUUUCCCAUGGACCAGUUUAUUUUUUCGAUGGUUUUGGAGUGAAUUUUGAAUAUCUUUUAAAUUCCACAAACUAGUCAGCUUAACCUACAGACCUAAAAAUGAUAUGUUUUGCCUUUUAAUAACAUUUAGUUUUCCUUUUUGAUAUCUUAUACUUCGAUUGCACUCAUAGACAUGGUGAAGAUUCUAUUUAUUUAUUUUGCGGGAAAAAGUGCCUUAAAAUGUGUCUAAAAAUAAGCUGGUCGGUAAAAACCGCCGUGACAUAGACCUAGUAUGGGAGUUGCUCGUUCUAGGUUAGGGGCUCCUGGUAUAGGUAAUAGGACUGUAGGCAUGCUGUCCAAUUUGGAAAUAAUGGGAUGAAAAAAUUUCAAAGACAGCCAAAAUUGGAUGAAGCCAUAGGCUGAGUCCAAUUUGGCUGUCAGAAGAAUUUGGUACGUUUUUGCACGGCCCUGAGAUGUACUUUGUGACAGAGAUAAUUGUUUGUCUGGCAGCAAAAAGUAAAGAAAGAGAACAAGGUAGGUAAAAAGCAGCUGCUAGUGCAUGACUUAACUGGAACUGACGCCCAACCAUAGAAAUUCUCAGUUCAUAAACACCAGCAUCUGAUCAACUAGAUACAUCUUCAUGUUCCUCACCAAAUCUUUGCACAAUCCUUCCAAAAAUUACAGAGAAAAGUGAUACUGAAGUUGCAAAAGCUGCUUUCUCGACAUAAUCAAUGCCAAAUUCUCUACAAGCCUCCACCUCUGAGUCUUCUUAUUCCACUGUUUGUUGUUGUUUUUGUUAUACCUGCUUAUUAAUUAGUAUAAUGAUUUUUUUCUGGAAGGAUGCGAUGUCAGAGUUCUUGAAAAGCCACCGGGUGGAUAUUUUACUUAUGAAGAGAUAAAAGAGGCAAGUUCUUUUGUUUUAUUUUAUUUAUACGAGUGACCAGAACCAAAUAAGCCUUUCUGCAACCCCAAUACUACGAAAUUCUCCAGAGACUAGGUCUCCAUACAAUCUUUAAAAAACUAUGAAACUAGUUGAGAGAAUGAAAUAAAAGAUCAAACCUAAUGGUAUUUCCCUUUCGUGAUCAAUUUCGCAAGAUGUAUUGAUACUGUUGGGGAAAAUUGUUGUUGGUCACCUUUAUUGGAGCUAAAGGGUUAAACAAAACAAGUCAAUCUCAUUUAAUUAAUUAUUAAGCAAACAGUGAAUUCCAAACAAGGUUGUUUGAGUUAGUCAAUAAUAUUAUUGUUAUUGAUUGGCCCCAUAUUUAUAGCUUUGUCUGUUCUCUGGUAAUUUAAUAAAUUUCCUUCAAGCUAAGAGCAUGUAAUUUCCUUGUAUAUUCAGCCAUAUCUGUUACAUAUAUGUGGUUUAGUACAGAUACUUUGCAUAUAUUUUCUACAUAUCUGUCAAAUAUCUGCGACCGUCUUUGCAGAUAUUUGCAGAUAUGGGUGAACUCAUUACAGAUAACUGCCGUACUGUAACAGAUAUGUGACAGAUAGUUGCAGAUAUAGCUGACUUAUCUGUUCCUUUGGUAAGGCCAGUGCCACACCAAAACUACAAGACUUGAACAAUGUGCAAAUGGACACAACAACUCCCAACAGUGUUGGCCCAACAAUUUUUGGAGUUGUUGCAUCUGUUUGAACAUGGCUUAGAAAAGUUUGACUGGUUUCAGAGAUUGUGCAACAACUCCUAACAACAUGCAACAACAUGCGACAUGGUGACUGCAAAUGGACACAACAUGUAACAUGCAACAAUGUUGGGAGCUAUUAACAAACAAUGUUGCACCCGUUUGCACUGCGUGGGCUUUAGCCUAAGAAACUAGUCAACAAUUUGCGACACCACCAGUGGUUUCUUCUCAAAGUGACUGUGUUCUAAGAAAAAUUUAAGGGAGCCCUUAGUGCUCUGAACCUGUGAAGUCUACGGUGCCCAGCAUAUGAUUUCUAUGAAAUGGCAAAGAUUUUCUAGUCUCUCCUGGGGGCAAAAGUUAAACACCAGGGGACACUGGACACUGCUAGAGCACAGCCUUAAACAAAAAAAUUGCAAGCAACUAAUGCUGUACUGUUAACAAAGUAAACAUUUUUCUUUUUGUAGGGUCUUGAAAAGCACAAGCCUGUAGCUCUUUUUGUUGUUCACAGCGAAUCUUCUUCUGGAAUUUGUCAACCACUGGAUGGCUUUGGACCUCUUUGUCAUGAGUUAGUUAAUAAUAAAAACUAUUUUAUUAUAAAUUAAAAACUAUUUGAAAACAAUAAUAACAACAAAAACAAGAAACAUUCUGAACUCUAAAGGUUUCUUCAGGCUUAAAAUCAAUGUAAGAAAAAAAAUAACACUUUGUCUUUAAAAUAUAUUAAGGGCUUAAAUGGAAGGUAAUGUUUUGGUUUGUAACAAGGGAGAGUUUUCUCUAAGAUUGCAGCCCUUUGGCUGCAAUGGCAGACCCAAAUCCAAGAGAAUGUAGAGAACAGACUUCCACUUUUAUCUGAGAAAUAAGACAACAUUGAUUUCCUAAAAAUGUUUACAGGGGAUUUAGCACUGAAAAAUAUGUUUGAUUUAUGAAAAGAGAUGUGAAAAGCUUCCUUUAGACAAUUAUAAAUUACGUUUAAAUACUGGUAAGCACUGUUUUAUGUUCAGUGUUUAACUGAUCUGUUUUUUGUUCUGUUUUCAGGCAUGACUGCUUGUUAAUUGUAGACACUGUCGCAUCUCUCGGUGGAACACCUUUCUUCACUGAUGAUUGGGAACUUGAUGUUGUGUAUUCAGGUUCUCAGAAGUGUCUAGGUGCACCGCCAGGUGUCGCCCCCAUAACCUUCAGUCCUAGAGCUAUGUAAGUGUUUUCUUUAUUACUUUACUUCAAUAAUAUGUUUCUCAGAUUUUGUUUUAUAAUAUUGUGCAUUUAUGAGGCCAGAUGCCCCAUUAAGCGGAAAUAAUGGUCAGAGAGGUUUUUUAAAAGUCUGUACCAAUAUAUUCUGCAAAAUGGACCUGUAUGGAGUCAACGCCUGGGGGCGACUCAGGAUCACUUGAGUUAUUCACCAGUUCAGGUUUCACUGUGAAUACAUAGAUAACAAUGCAAAUCCCUGUUUUAUGGGGGUCCAAUUCAAAUUACAGAAGCACCGUAAUCAAUCCUGCUCAUCAAAGUUUUUUUUGGACUAGCCAAAAAGACUAUGUUAGCCACAGCUUCCCAAAUGGCAAGCUGUAAAACUGACACCUUCUUUGCACUUUGGGAUAUAUCUCUAUCCCCUGGAUAAAUCUCUAUCCAGUGUAUAUAUAGUGUAAUUAGUUCCCCAACAAGACGUCUCCGGUGGAUAGUGAUUUAUCCGAUGGAUAGUGGUAUCCAAAGUUUCAACAACCAGAGCCUGAAGUUCAAGGUAGACUGCUUAACCUCCACACCUCUGCCUCUGCUGACUUAAUACCUUGGCUUAAUGUCAUUUGCUUGCUUUUGUUAUCAGGGCUAAGGUGAAUGGUCGUAAAACCAAAGUGCCGUCAUUUUACCUGGAUAUGACUGAACUGGGCAACUACUGGGGAUGUGAUGAUGGACCAAGAAGGUAA